CUAUUCAUUACGCUAUGUAGAUUUUCAAUUUACAUUUUUAUGCCAGUGGCCACGUGUCAUUAAUUGUUUACUAUACGAUGGUGACUGUGUUUUAUAUGAACUGAAGGUCUAGAAUAUCGUACGUUUAUCGAGAUGCAGUGCAGUACUUUUCCACAAAAUGGUGCUGUGGUUAACUAUCGUAAGGUUCGGCAAAAUCCAGAAAUUAGUUCUUAUUUGGAGUAUAAUCAGAGCAUGAGUGCAUGUCAAGAUCCUGGGUUAAGUAAUGCAUCUCAAAAAGCAGUUUCUAACCAAGGUGGUCGAAUUAGACCAAAUAGCGUUUUGGCACGCAUGGCUUUACCUUGUCAGGCGUCUUCAACAUGGGAUUAUCAAGAAUGUUACAGUUAUUAUGCUGAUGGAUGUUAUAAUACAUGUCAGUUUGUUGAGUUAGGUGAUAUUGAAGACUUCAUGAACAAUGAAAAGAGAAAGGAAAAGUCGCGUGAUGCGGCCCGUUCCCGCAGGUCUAAAGAAACAGAGGUCUUUACUGACUUGGCUAGCGCUUUACCCGUAUCACAGGAACAGGUCUCACAACUCGAUAAAGCUUCCGUUAUGAGAUUAGCAAUUGCAUAUCUUCGGGUCAGAGACAUGAUCACUUUAGUACCGGAACCCCCAGAACCGGACGACCACAAGAUUUUAACAGAUGAAUCAAUUUUCUUGAAAUCGAUAGAGGGUUUUUUGGUUGUGAUGUCUUCGGAAGGCGACAUUGUGUACAUGUCUGAGAACGUCAGCGACUAUCUAGGAAUUACACAAAUUGAUUUGAUGGGUCAAAACAUCUAUGAAUACAGCCAUCCGUGUGACCAUGAUGAAAUAAAAGAAAUCCUUUCAACAAAAACCCGGGAAGAAUCAGAAACGCCAAAGUCGUUUUUUAUCAGGCUUAAGUGUACUCUUACAAGUAAAGGCAGAUCAGUUAACCUUAAAUCAGCAACUUAUAAGGUCAUUCACUGUACUGGACAUAUAGUACAAAGCGAAGAUGACACAACAGAAGAAGGCUCUAAAGGAAGUUUGCGACGAUGUCUUAUUGCUAUUGGACAGCCUAUACCUCAUCCUUCCAAUAUCGAGGCUCCAUUACCACGACAAACUUUUUUGACAAAACACAGUCUAGAUAUGAAAUUUACACAUGCAGAUGACAAAAUAAUGAUGGAUGUUCUGGGCUAUGAUGCAGAGGAUUUGGUAGGCAAGUCAGUCUAUGAAUACCAUCAUGCUAUGGAUAGCGACUCUAUUUGUUCAGCUUUUAAAUGCUUGUUUUCAAAGGGACAGUGUGAGACCAACCGCUACAGAUUUCUGGCAAAAACAGGAGGGUACGUGUGGGUGCUUACACAGGCCACCUUGAUUAACGACAGCAAAACUAUGAAACCCCAAAGUGUUGUAUGUGUCAACUAUGUCAUCAGUGGCGUCGAAUGCAAAGAUGAGAUUUAUUCGUCGUCGCAGCUGGCUUCAGUAAAAACAGAGAAUUUGUGCAAUAAUAACAACACCGUCGACGAGACGAUUUUGCCCGUGGUUGUCGUGGAGAAAGCGGCCGAAUCUGGUCCUGUUCAAAAUAUUGAGCCCGUCAAAAGUACCGAGAAGUUGUUAACGUCGUACGCCACUCCGAGGCCACCCCUAACGGCCACCUCCAAGAUAUUCGCUCCAAGAACGGAAGAGAUGAAUAAGGGAUUCCUGACCUUCUCCGAUGAUGAGCCCGGACUUACGAUGCUGAAAGACGAGCCAGACGAUUUGACGCAUUUGGCUCCAGUUGCUGGUGACGUGUGUGUUCCCUUAGAUGACCAUCCCUUCUUAACUGACAAGAUGUUGGACGAUUUCUUGCUCAGAGAUAGUUUCGAGCCCCUUUUGAAUGACGAACCCACCGAUCCCUUUAUUUCGUACAGAGAUUCGUACGAUAAUUCACCUCAAUUACUCUCGCCUAAUCUUUCAAAGAAUUCGGAGUGCAGUUUACCCUCCUUAAAUAGUCCGAGCGAUUCGUUGAGUGACGAAGAUCGUCUGUCAACAUUUAUGAAUUUACAUACAGAAGAGGAUUCGGAUUUAGUGUCGAAAGCUCCUUAUAUAAAUAUGAAUAUGGCUGACGAUUUACCUCUGUUGAUGUCAGACGAUCUCAUGUGGAAUAGCAACGAAAAGUCGAGAAGUUCUCCUGAUAGCAGUUCCAGUUUAGCACAGUUGUUAUGUUCGUCAAUAAAUAAACAUUCGCGAUCUAACGAUCACGGUGGAGGGUUAAUUUCGCCGGAUCACAUGAUGGAGAUAGAUAGUUAUUACAACAAGAAAAAUUCCUCGCUAAAUGGAAAGUCAUCGCCUCUUGCGUCUAGAUUAGAAAGAACACAUAAAAGAUCGAACACGUCGGCGUACGAAACAAACACAAAGAGAUCGAGAAACGAGCCUAAAGAGAAAAUGUCUUCAGAAUUAUUACAACAGUUAAUGUCCAAUAACCAUCAUCGAGGGCGACCUAAAGGCAAAAGUAAUUGGUUAUUGGACUCUGGUGGACAGAAAGCGGCGUGUAUAAGCCAACCAAGCGACAGUGUUCUCAUGAACCUUUUGGAUGAUCCUAUGGUACGGAUGUCUAUAAAAAAGGAAGAGGAGAGACUGUCGGCAGAACCACCAGACGGACCUGAAUCUAGGCAGAGCAAGAUAAGGAAGAAUUCUCUUUCGUUGCUUGAUCCAGACGGAAGUGCGAUACCUUCAUUACUCGAUCUAACGCAGCAGGAUUUUGAAGUGAAUGCACCCGUUAACAACCUUCUUCUCCAGGGUACCGAUCUACUCACGGCGCUGGAUAUAAAUGGACCCAUUUAGCUAGAGCUGUUUGCUGGUGACACAGCAGUUGUACGAGAGUUUGAAAUGAUACCGCUAAUCAUAAUUAAUGGGGACAGUGUUAGAGUGGAAAAUGUUCAGAUUGUCGUGGAUGGUAACUAACAAGAUAAUUUAAUAACGCAAAAACGACUGAAAUGAGGGGUCUUAGAAACGUAAAAGUAGACUGGAGAAGAGACAGAUGUGCUUGUUUAGACGUGUUUAACCUAGGGUUACCAGUCGUCCCAAUUUCGGGGUCGCGGUUUGAAAGCCCAGCUUUGCCCAUGUCCCGUACAGCGCAGUACAAAAAACGAGUUUUUUUAUUGUUGAUUCUUUUUUUGAGUUUUUAAGCAAGUGUUGACAAGUUACACUUUAAAAAGCAAUAUAUAACAGUAACGGAAUGAAACGCAAAAUCAAUCAAAUCUGGCAUCCCUGGUUGAACAAUUUGCAUGUGUUGUUUCUUCACGUUUGUUAUAACUUGUUAGAAAAAAAUAAGAAGCACAAAUUUCGAGUUUCUAUUGUAUUUUUGCUUAAAUUCAGAUUGUAGUUUUGAAGUGGUAUAUUUUUCUGUAAUUUCUAAUUAAUUUCCUACUAAAUAUUCCUAGUUUGUAGCCUAAUAUUUUUGUAAUUUUAUAAUUAUUGCCUAACUUAUGAAUGUGUACAUUUCCAAAGUUGUUGUAAAAUAUUGUAAUUUAUAAAAAUACAUCGUGUACAAUCAAUUUUCCUCAUUUCAUUUUAAAUUAUAUUGUUAAUUCCGUAACUUUUUAUUUAUAAAUAAUUCUCAUCGAGUAGAGUCUCAGCAUAAUUUUCAAGCUCUCUUUUUUACUGCUAUGAAGUGUAGUGAUAUAUAUUUGUUUAAGAGAUGAAAUUAUUGUGUUAGAAUAAUGGUAGUGUGCUGUUGAUUUUAUUAUAUACUUAUCCGUGUUAAUUUUUAUUAUUUUUAUUUAUAAGUAACAUUCACUCACCGACAUUGUCAACAUAUGAGUACCUAAAGUAGAGCCAAAUAAUUUCUAAUGAAGAUUGUCAUCGUUUUUGAUACAUUGCAAUACUGCCAUACAAUUGAUUAGUAGUUGUAGUUAAAACAAAAGCAUUUCAGAAAUUUAUUUAUAGAUUUAGAGAUUAGAUUAAGAAAUAAUGAGCAUACUACAAAUGCAAUAUUAUGGUUUUACCUUUGCGUAACAUCAGAUCUCGGCACAAUUUAUGGGCAGAGACAGGGUACAAAGUCAAAGACAUUUUUUAAAUAAUAAAAAAAAUCAAAAAAAGUGAUUUGGUGUUACCCAAAGUUGAUACUUAUUUGUUUUAGUUUUAGAGGUUGUAUAAGUUGCAAUAUAAAAUUCGAAUCCAUGUUUUUAUAAAGUUUUGCCCGGGAUCUUUUUUAUUGCUGUCUUAUUAUGUAUAAAAGUGCAAAAUUUUACUAUGUUAAGAGAAAAGAAAACUUGUAUAUUUGGAAGGUGAUAUGAAUUUAAAUAUAUAUCAAAGUGAUGUGUUAUUGGGAGGUAUACUCGGGUGAAUAAAUUAUAUCAACAUUUA